AAUGCGGAAAGGUCGAUGAACUGGAAUUUGGAGUAUCUAUAUUUAGGUCGAAACGCGCACGAGUACGAGGAUGUAAGUGUGUAGGCAAUUCGACAAAUCAGUGUAGCAGAUGCGCGUGUGCACGAGAAAUCAUUCGGAUUUGAAGAAAAUGUUAAUAUUUUAUGUACAUAACAUGUAUAUAACAAUUGUUGUGUAUAUAUAUGCAUGUAUAUAUUACUAUAUGUACUGUACGUAUAUAUAGAUCUAUAUAUACUGUACGUAUAUAGAGACAUUCAAUUCGUUAUUUCUAUGAUAAUAGAAGAUAUUUACUUGUAUAUAAACAUAUAUACAGCUAUAUUUAUAUAGCUGUACUGAAAUGUGCACGUUUCGCAGCCUUUUGUGUUACUUCGGUUCUUCAGCAGUUCUUAAAGUAAUACUUAGGAAGGAUAAUUGUUUGACUAAUAAGUUUUAAGCGACUAGAGGAAAUUGUAUUGCGCAUUGAGUAUUACGUAAGAGCGUUUUAAGCAAUUAGAGAAAACUGCACAGCGCAUUGUAUUCUCGUUUGCUAAGUAACGAAUUCGUGAUAAGAACAAUGCAACGUUAAACGUUUGUUUUACCUUGACGUAGGAAACGUGUUGAAAGAUAAACAGACGACGUUAAAUUAGUAUAUUCACCUUGUUGACGUGUUACUUUUUAACGUAUUUAUUUUGUUAAAGUGAAAUUUUAUAUAAAACAUCAAGUGAUUCGUUUUAACACAAAACUUUCAUCGCAUGAAUAUAAGAUAUAUAAUCGUAUGUAUAAGUGUAAAUACAACAGUAAUAAAUAAUGAAAUGGACGUUCGUUAAACAUCACAGUGACACGACCUUUCCUGAUAAUAUAUUUAUCAAAAAAGCCGCGCGAUAGCAGUCGUUGUAAUUUAUACGAUAUCGCUCUUCGAUUCACGAAGAUACGUGAGUGUAAAAAUAAAAGAAGGACCCCUUCGAAUUCUUCCUUUGGUGAAAGCGGGACAGUAUAUGAAUGCACAUACAUGCCAGCGUAUACACGCAAUGCUCAUAUACUCCUCGUUCCGAAUGGAACCGUACAGAUUAUACUGUACUGCGUUAGCGAUGUUUGCCGAUAUCUAAAUUAUUAAACAACGUCGAGGGGAAUAACAAUAAGCAAAAAGUUAAUGCGAUAUUAUGCAUCUUAAUUAUUCAAGACACGCUGAAUAACCGUGCCGUUUCCAACGUCGAUUUGCCGCUACGGUUGUCGCAAGCGACACUCGAUAAUUCGAGCUAAAUGAUUUAAUUUAAAUAAUUAGAGCUGUCGACGGAUAUCUUUAAUGCAAUAAUGGAAUAUAGUCACGAGUUAUCUGUGACAUUCAAACGACACCCCAUUUUGUAUGUGAUCGUUAAUUUAAUGAUUGAUUAGUGAUAAGCCUUCUCUCUUGAAGCAUUGGUAUCUAUCGAUUACUCGUUCCGGAAGGUGACGUGAAGAAAUGCGUUCAGAAGUGAAAUCAUCGAAAACCGGCGUUCGUCAUUUUCAUAAUCGAUAUUUCCGGGGACCGCAUCGUUGUUUGUCACGCCGAUAUGAAACAAGUGCCGCGUAAUGCAUGCGUUUUCAGAGAAAAAAAAAACAUCUCAAACCUUGGACGAAUCUGACCAUUACAAAAUCUUUCUUUUAUCUUCCUUCCGUUGUGAUUCAUUUAUAUGAUUAAUCACAUUUAUUUAAAUCCGUGCCGUGCGUAAAAUCCAAUUAGAUUUCACGGAUUUCGCAUGUCACGUUGAAGAGCACGUCAUUCGAGGCGAUUGAAAUAAAAGUAGUAAGCGAGAUUCUAGAACAACUUUUUGCGCGCCAUUUUUUUGUUUCGCCAAGGUUCACGUUGCGAAAAAAUCAUCUGUGGAUAAUCGCACAUUCACGUACGAGUAAUGUAUCUUUAUGUAUUCAAUCAUACUCGUUCCGCUUUCAAUGAAGAAGACAAUUGUUAUCGCUUGGUUACCCGAGUCUGGGCUAUUUAUGUCGUGAGUGAUAACGCGAUGAAAUACUUGGCAAAAACUACAUGUUAAACUACUACUGCAAAAAAAUCAUUACACGCGCUGAAACGGAUAUUCACUCGGCACAAUCAUAACAAACUGUGUCUGAUAUCUUGAUAACAUUCUGUACUUUGAAUUGUUUAUUCUUAAUUCACGUUGAACUCCAAUUAAUUUCGACGCAUCGAUUGCGUGAAUAUACUUGCCGCCUCUGAAUAAGUCAGUCUGAAUAUAUAAUAGCUUGUAAUCGGCCUACUUCUCAAUUAAUAUUAAGCGUUGUAGGGUGCAUACCCUUGACAUCGAUGCCUGUAUCAUAUACGAAAAUUAAGUCGAUUUCAGAACGGCAGCGAAUGAAGUUCAUCGGAUACGGGCGGAAAAUGACGGUUUCGAUCGGUACUAUUACGUGUUGACGAGUUAGUAGCGUCCAAACAUGGCAACAAAUAUGUUUCAUGGUAUGAGGAAACUGGGCCGGGUUUUCUCGGAUGCUGGGAUAAGAGCGCUGAACCCUACGCUGAGGCGUGCAUCGACCUUAGCGCAAAGCAAGGUUGUGGAGGGGCCAAACGGCGAAAGGAUCAUUCAGUCACCGUAUGGUGACAUUUCUCCCUUCUCCGAAAUGCUAAUCCACGAGUACGUUUGGAACAAAGCCGAGGACUAUCCUAAUAAAGUUGCUUUGGAAUGCGGUGUAAGUGGCAAAAAGUACACGUUCGCGCAAGCCAAAGAUGCGUCAUAUUAUAUCGGCAGGAGUUUACAUAACAUCGGUCUGAAAAAGGGCGAUGUGGUAGCACUGGUGACACCCAAUCUGCCAGACGCAGUUUUAAGUUUCCUCGGGAUUUUGUCAGGUGGAUUCAUCUGCACUACCAUGAAUCCACAAUAUAUAGCCGAUGAAAUUUCGAGACAACUACAGAAAUCCGGCGUAAAAGCGAUUAUUACUUCAACCGCGAUUGCAUCUACGGUGCGCACUGCGGCAAACACUUGUCUUCCACCUCAAACGCCUUUCAUUGUGAUCGACGAUCAAGUGGGCUCAAUGCCAGAGGGUUCUAUACCAUUCAAUGAUCUCAUAACACGGGGCAAGUCAUUGCCAAAUAUAAAAUCGGACGCCUUAAUGGACGAUGUGGCAAUUUUGCCAUUUUCAAGUGGCACUACUGGAUUGCCGAAAGGUGUCAUGUUAACACAUAGAAACUUGGUGUCUAAUAUGGAUAUGGUCGAAGAAGCUUUAAGAAAGGACAAUUUAUUCCAUCCUACUACAGACACAUAUCAAGAGGUGGUACCCGCGGUAUUGCCGUUUUUCCAUAUUUACGGAUUAAAUGCCAUGAUGCUGCCGCGUCUUAGUAAAGGCAACAAACUAGUUACAAUUCCAAAAUUUGUACCGGACACGUAUCUAAACAUACUAGAAAAAAGCAAGGCGACUCUGCUCUAUUGCGUGCCACCGAUAAUACUGUUCUUGACGGCUUCCCCCCUCGCAAAGAAGCAACACUUGAAGUAUAUUCAUAGUAUUUUCAGCGGCGCCGCGCCGCUCGCCCAGUCGGACGUCGACAGAUUUUACGAGAAGUUCAAGUUCAGUCCUGACAACUUGAAAUUCGGUCAAGGUUAUGGAUUAACGGAGUCUUCGCCAGUGGCUUUCACCGAAAGUACAUCAAAGAAAUUCUCGAGCAUUGGAAGAAAUGUGGCGAGUUGCGAAGCACGUAUAGUUGAUGUAACUACUAAACAGGAUGUCAACGGUCCUGGUAAAACCGGCGAAUUAUGGAUCAGAGGACCUCACAUUAUGAAAGGAUAUUUGAAUGACGAAACUGCCACGAAGGAAACUUUAACUGAGGAUAAAUGGCUGAAGACUGGCGACAUCGCUUACUACGACAAAGAAUACGAUUUUUAUAUUACGGACAGGUUGAAGGAGCUUAUUAAAGUUAAGGGAUUCCAGGUACCACCGGCGGAACUGGAAGCGUUGCUGCGAUCGCACCCGGACGUGGAGGAGGCGGCAGUGAUUGGUAUUCCGCACGAGAGAUACGGCGAGGUACCGAAAGCGUUCGUAGUGCUGAACAAGGAUAAGAAACCCACCGAGGACGACAUUAAGAACUUCGUGAAAGGAAAGGUCUCCGACUACAAGGAACUCGAAGGCGGAGUCAUGUUCGUUACGGAUAUUCCGAAGAACCCGAGUGGGAAGAUUUUACGAUCGCAUUUGAAGAGGGAAUACGCGAAGUCUUAACGCUGCCUGAGUGGCAUUUAACGAAAUUUAAUAUAUUUUAAUGAACAGGACAAAAGGAUAACUGGAUGUAUAUCAUGCAAACAAAGAAAAGUGUGAAAGAUUAAAGUGAUAUUAUUUUAUAUAUCUUACAUAUUUCAUACAUAUUUUAUAUGUAUUUCAUACAUAUUUUAUAUGAGCAUUAUAGUACAGGUACCUAAUGUACAGGAUGUCCGAUAAUUAUCUCGAGAUUCGUGGUGUGCAGGUAGAGUGGAUUAAACUUAACGGGAAAAUCAUGUACCACUUUGCAAAAAUCACAAAUUUCUACCUGCGUACCACGUGGAUCCUGAGAUAAUUAUCGAACACUCUGUAUAUAUAGAAUAUGUAUAUCUUGCAUAUAUAUAAUAUUUUGCCCAAUGGAGCUGUAAAUAACGCAAAGUGUAUAUAAAAAUGAAUAUAAGAUAUAUCAUUUUAAAGACUUUCACAAGCUAUUUCUUCGAAAACUAUAGCAGAGGCAAUGACAAAUUUGGCUUGUGGUAUUUUAAGAUUCAUUUUUAACUCUUACCUCGUCAUUUUUUCAUAUCUUUAUAUAAUUAAAAGAAUUGAGGAAGAAUAUAUUUUAAUACCUUUAUAAGAACAUAGAAUCAUUACAAGACACAACCUAUAUGAAAGAAUUAUAUACUUGUUAGAAAAUUCCGGAGGAAACUUUAUUAAGGAUAAAUAUGUACGAACUAGAAGACGUCUUCUCCGGAAAAGAAGCAAUUUUUACCUUUAUAUUUUUAAAAAUAAUGUUUAGUUCCAAAAAUGUGUUUGAAAUAGCUGGAUUUAUUGCUCAACCUUAUGUAGGAAAAAUAUUACAUUUUGAUGGGACGAUUAUAUUUUUCAUAUUUC